UAGGUAAUCAAGAAAUUUGAUUCUUUCUUCAAUAUGAUAAAGGAUCGUUUUUGUCUUUUCAUUGCAUUUCUUUACUUUUCGUCAACAGAUGCUGUUUCUGAUUACAAUUUGAUUAACUCUUCUUUUUUCCGUUUAUAUAAUAGAAAUGGUACUUAUAUUGAUACAAAUGUUAAAAACGCUAAUGUAUUAUUACCUUAUAUAGAAAAGAAUGAUAGUUUAUUAGUACUUUAUAUCACUGGUUACACAUAUGACAUCGAUUCUGAGAAUGUUAAACUCAUAACAGGUGCAUAUUUAAAUAAUACGCAGGAUAAUAUCCUAGCACUUGAUUAUCGGAAUAUUACAUAUCAAGCUUAUUUAAUUUCUACGAUUGCAAUCAACGUACUUGGUGAAUUUGUGGCCAAUGCUUUGAACAGCAUAGUAGACAAAGGUGUGGAUCCAGAAAAGAUACAUAUAAUCGGACACUCAUUAGGUGCACAGCUUGCAGCAAAAAUUGGUCGUAAAACGAAAUUCAAAAUUCCCAGGAUAACAGCUUUAGAUCCUGCUGGUCCUUUAUUCUACGCUUUCAGCUCUCGGUUGAACUCUUUCGAUGCUAAUUUCGUAGAUGUUAUACACACUGAUUCGUAUAUCCUUGGAUUGCCUAAACAACUUGGUCAUGUGGAUUUCUAUCCAAAUAAUGGCCGUAGACCGCAACCGGGCUGUCCGCUUAUCUCUACGUUAUUUUUCAAUGCUACGAAUGUAACUAAUAAAAAUUUAGACAUAACUAAAAAUGUUUUCCUACGUUUGUAUAAAAGAGAUGGUUCUCAUAUUGAUAAAAAUGUAAGGAAUGCUGAUCAAUUAUUAUCUCACAUACAAAAGAAUAAUAGUUUAGCAUUCUAUAUAACUGGCUACAGACAUGACAUCAAUUCUGACAAUGUAAAAAUGAUAACGAAUGCAUAUUUAAAGAAUACAGAGGAUAAUAUUUUGGCACUCGAUUACCGGGAUAUUGCUGCUCAACUUUAUCCAAUUUCCGUGAUAACAAUGAAAAAACUCAGCACACUUGUGGCCGAUGCUCUGAACAGCUUAGUGAAGGGCGGUGUGGAUCCAGAAAAGAUACAUGUAAUUGGAUAUUCACUUGGUGCACAAAUUGCAGGGAGAAUCGGUCGUCAGACGAUCUUCAGAAUUUCUAGGAUAACAGGUUUAGAUCCUGCUGGUCCUCUUUUCUACCUUCUUAAUGAUCGAUUGAGUACCUCUGAUGCUGUCUUCGUAGAUGUUAUACAUACUGAUAAAGGUGGCUAUGGAACGGCUCUGAAAAUUGGUCAUGUGGACUUUUAUCCUAAUUAUGGCCACAGACCGCAACCAGGUUGUCCGUCAUUCGGUUUACUACUGUCGCCAAAAGAUCUUUGUAGUCAUCGAAGAUCUUUCGAACUCUAUGCGGAAUCAGUUAGAAACAAUACCGCCUUUAUUGGCAAGUGUACAAAUUUCCAAGUUUGGGGUUGUGAUGGUGUUCCAUUUGUUCCAAUGGGAUACACUACACCGAGCAAUGCGACGGGUAGCUAUAAUCUUUUAACAAAUGAAAAUACUCCCUAUGGUCGAGGUGUGGAUGGAGCUAUCAAUGCUUUUUAAAAUAUCUAUCUCUAUUUAAACUGAU